AUGGUGAAACCGACAAGCGUUAAGGACGUUGAUCAGCAUGAAAUUGUACGUCAAAUUGCGGGUUUCCUGAAGAAAAGUGGCAAAGUAAGAGUGCCAGAUUGGUCUGAUGUCGUCAAAUUGGGUCAAAAUAAGGAAUUAGCACCGGUUGAUAACGACUGGUAUUACAUCCGAACAGCAAGCAUUGCACGUCGUUUGUACAUUCGUUCACCUACCGGUGUUGGUGCAUUGAGACGUGUAUAUGGUGGUAAUAAGCGACAUGGUGUUACACCGAAUCAUUUUGUGAGGUCAUCUGGUUCGGUCAUACGUAAAGCUCUGCAAACAUUGGAAGCCAUCAAAUGGGUAGAAAAAGAUCCUGAUGGUAAGGGACGCAUAUUGACUAAGCAGGGUCGUAAAGAUUUGGAUCGUAUUGCGUCACAGUUGCGUCAGAAUACAAAGCAUUCAUUCGAGUCGUAA